CUGCCGUGGGCGCCAUGGGGGCCUUGAUGGACGAUGAAAUUAUAAGAAAGCGUCUCUUAAUUGAUGGUGAUGGUGCUGGUGAUGAUCGGAGAAUCAACCUAUUAGUGAAGAGUUUCAUUAAAUGGUGCAAUGCUGGCUCUCAGGAAGAAAGCUAUAGCCAGUACCAACGCAUGUUGAGUACAUUGUCUCAAUGUGAAUUUUCAAUGGGAAAAACCCUGCUUGUAUAUGAUAUGAAUCUCAGAGAAAUGGAGAACUAUGAAAAAAUGUACAAAGACAUAGAAAACAGCAUAUCUGGAGCACAUGAAAAAAUUGCUGAGUGCAAAAAGCAGAUCCUUCAAGCAAAGCGAAUACGGAAAAAUCGCCAGGAAUAUGAUGCUUUGGCAAAAGUCAUACAGCACCAUCCAGACAGGCAUGAAACAUUAAAGGAACUAGAUGCUUUGGGGAAAGAAUUACAGCAUCUGUCUCAUAUAAAAGAAAAUGUUGAAGAUAAGCUGGAACUAAGGCGAAAGCAGUUCCAUGUUCUUCUAAGUACUAUCCACGAGCUGCAGCAGACGUUAGAAAAUGAUGAAAAACUCUUAGAAGUAGAAGAGGCUCAGGAAGCAGGCAUGGAAACAGAGACAAAACCGUAGGCAAACGCAAGUCUCACCAGCAUGAAGAGAACUAAAUAUCUAUCUUCAUUUCCUUUCACGUGUUAAAUCAUUGUUACUUUGGUGAAACUAGCAGACUACAGAUGAUAAAUUUUUAUUAAUUUUUUUCAAAUGUCCAACUAGACAAAGAAACUAUUUUAAUGAAGUUUGUUUUUAUGAAA